AUAAGGGUCAGAGGAAUGUUAAAGUGAAUAAGGAUAAAAUUUAUAUUUUAUUUGCUAUAAGAUGGUGCAAAUGUGAUCUUAGAAUAUUCAACAAAAUUAUCCCUUUUUUCAAAUAAAUGUAACUGCACAAUAACAAUAAAAAUUAAAAUGUAAUAUUUCAAUAACCACUAGUCGCUGCAUAACUCGAGUCAACAUUUUCCCUGAGGACCGUUGCAACGCUAUCAAUUGCAUUCCUCGCACCACCAGUGCAACAGACCAAAUUUCGAAAUAUAGUGGCAAAUUCAUAACACCAUUCAAUACGGGAAUUGAAUGCGAUGCGAUGGAUGAUAAAUAUAAGUUUGAACAAUGAUGUACUUUUUCCUAAAUCAGCUUAGGGUCCAUCCAUAAACCACGUGAACACUUUUUUGUAAACUUAUUCAAAUAGCUUAUAUUCGACGAAAAUUGGUGUUUAUGCAACAAGCUGUAAGAAGAAGUUAGAUUAGUUUUAAGAUUUUGGUAUUUUUGACAGAGAAAAGUAGGCCAUGUUGUCGUUCGAGAAUGACUGAAAGAGAAAGUAGUUUAACUCCGGAAUUUUAAAAAUACAGUCGACUCUCUGGCUGUCGAUCUUCUCGAUAUCAAUAUUGCUCCAUCUAUCGAUGAAUUCUUCAGUCCCUUCAAACUGCAUAUUUCGAUUGGCUUUAUUCCUCGAUAUUUUUUUCUUGCUUGAAGGAUCUCUUCCUCGACGGUCCCUUGGAUUCUGUUUGGUUUGAAAAUCUCUUCCGGUUGUCAAUAUUGUCACUAUCUCAUGGCUUGCAUAGACAUUUUUCUUUGCGAAACGAAGCUUUGAAGGGUGUUUGACAUUAGUUUGUUUUUGUUUGCUGGACGUUGCCAUGAUUCUCUUCCAUAGCUGGGUACCAAGAAAAACAUAUUUUCAAUCGAGUCUUCAUUUUGCAUCGUUCUGUAAACUGAUGAUUCUCUUCCUCGAAGGUUACUUGGAUAUUGACAACCAGAGAGUCGACUGUAACUGUUUUGGAGUUGUUUAAGUGUUUUUUGAUUUAUAUUUUGAAUCAAAUGUUAUACAAAAAAAUCUUCUAGGAUAUAAAACAACAAGACAGAGAAAAACCACUUUUUUAAUUUUUGGUGAUAAUAAUCUGCUCUGUUUUAGAAGCUCAACAAAUUGCCUGCCCAGACCAUUCAUGUAUGAAAAAUGCGUUUUAUCAGUUCAGAUUCAAGCUAAGUCCGAACGUAACUACUCAUCAUAAUUAGGUUAAAUGAUAAUAUGCUCUCUAGACAGUACUUCAGGUCGGGUAAGAACCUGAUGGUAUCAUUUUCGCUACAGUGCGUAGUAUAAAAUCGCCGUUAAUUUUUCGUUUGAUCCACAGUCAUAACGUGAACAAGCAAAGGUUCACUUGAGGUAUUUUUCGCAAUGAAAACAAUUAUAGUUUUGUUGAUUGCGCUAGGGGUAGCAGCUGCAGCAAGAGAUGAAUCCCUCAAAGUGGUCACCAGCUUGAGGGCCCUUCAGCCCGCCUAUCGGGACUUGAACGUAUUUGUGGUGGAUGCAGUCGCCAACAGCAAACGAAGCGUUUCGGAUAUCAUCUUUGAGUUCCACACACAGGUCGCAGAUUCCAAGGAACAGUACCUUCGCUCGGCUAUCCAGGAUGAGACCAAAAUUUUGCAAAAAAUCGGCAGCUCGAGCAUGUCCGACGAAUCGUGUUUGAGUUUGUUGCGUACUAAAGUUAACUUGGACGUAUUGCUUGCUGGAAUCAAGUUCAGUACCUGCAUAGUGGAGAUCGAUGACCAACUGAACGAACAAAUUGCUAAGGUUUACGGCGAACUGGAUGGAAGCAGUGGUUCUCCGACGAAAAACAGCAUCUAUCAGGCCUUUCGAGGGUUGAACAUUUUUCAAGACCCACAAGCAAUCGACAUAAAACUCCAAGAGAAAUUGGAGGAGUUGAAGAAAUUGCCAACAGAGUUGACUGAUACUUUUCAGGGAUAUGUGAAGGAUUUCCGGAGCCAAUUGGUGCCGAUCGUUGCGAAGUAUAAGGGAUGUUUAAAAGCCAAUGAUGAUUUACUUUCUGAAGCAUUUGGAAUAACUUCAAAACAACUGAGUGUUCUUUGCGAAGGAAAAUAAGGAUUUUAAUCGAAAACCUGUUAAGUUUAAGGCACCAUAGCACGUCAGAGGAUACGAUAUGAAAAAUAAAUUUCAAGAAAAAUCCUGGCAAUAAAUUACUCUUAUUUGUGAAACAUAUUUUCCAAGGGCUUAUCAUGAAAACGUUUGAAAUAGAGGGCUAGUUUUGGCUUGUUUACAUUUAGGUUGUUUCAGAAAUUUCUUUCAGAAAUAUUUUUGGAAUUAUAUUCAACUUCUAGAAAAUUGUUGAACACAACAAUUUAGUUGUAUAUAAGACGCCAACCAACCAUUCAUCUCUAAGCAAUUUACGAGCAAGUUUUAGCAAA